AUGAGUUGCUUAGCUUGGAAUUGCCGCGGGCUUGGGAACCCGCGUGCAAAAAGAGAGCUUGAGGAUUUGAUUCAAGCACAAGGUCCCCUAAUUGUUUUUUUAUCUGAGACGUGGGCUGAUAAGGAACAAUUAGAAAGUUUGAAAGUUAAAGUUAAGUAUACUGGCUUAUUUUAUGUUCAAAGCCAGGAUAGAGGGGGUGGGUUGGCUCUUUUUUGGAAGCAAGGUGUUUCAGUUUGGGUAGAUAGCUUUUCGCGUUUCCAUAUUGAUGCGGUGGUCAAUGGGGGUACAUUGGAAGCUUGGAGAUUCACUGGGUUCUAUGGCGAACCAUAUACUAAUGAAAGGAUGGAGGCUUGGAAUAUGCUUAGAAUGUUAAAUUCAAAACCUCAUUUGCCUUGGGUUUGCAUAGGAGAUUUUAACGAAAUCCUUUUCUCUGAAGAAAAGAGUGGGGGGCGAGUACGUCCACAUUGCCAAAUGCAAGCUUUCCGAGAUGUUUUAGAUGUGUGUGGUUUUAUGGAUUUAGGAUUUACAGGUCCGGAAUUCACAUGGCAAGGAGUGAGGCAUGGGCAAGUUAUUUGGGAGCGUUUGGAUAGGGGAGUGGCGAAUUAUGAUUGGAUGGCAAAAUUUCCUACGGCGACCAUUCGACACCUUCAUUGUAUUUCUUCAGAUCAUCGGCCACUCUUGUUGAUGCUGAAUCCGAAUAGUGAAUUGGCUAGGUGGAAAAGAAAGUCGUUUCGCUUUGAAGAAAUGUGGUUGGCGGACCAGGGCUGCGGUGACAUAGUUCGUCGGGCUUGGGACAUUGGGAUAGAUGGGCAUAAGAUUUAUAAGGUGGUGACUAAGAUAAAGAAGUGUAAAAAAAUGUUGAAAUCAUGGAGUAAGGAUCACUUUGGCAAUGUGAAAAACCAAAUCAAAGCUAAGAAGGACCUAUUAUGGAGGGCUGAGGAGGAAUCGGCUAAAGGUGGAGAUUACGGUAUGGUGGUUCAGUUGAGGAGGGAGCUUAAUGGCUUACUUGAUAAAGAACACCGCAUGUGGGUCCAACGAUCUAGAACCCAAUGGCUAGCAAACGGGGACAGGAAUACUCAUUAUUUUCAUGGGGUGGCCACAAAUAGAAAACGUAAGAACUUUAUAAAGGGUAUUAUGGAUAUGCAUGGCACUUGGGUCACAGAUGAGGAGACUAUUGGAGCCACUUUUGUGGACUUUUAUUCCAAGUUGUUCACUACAUCUUGUCCAUCAGAAUUAGAAAGAGUUUUGGAGGGAGUCCAACCCGUGGUCAAUGACACUAUGAAUGCUGAUCUUACAAAGCCGUAUGUCCUGGAAGAGGUUGAUGUGGCAAUUAAGCAAAUGGCGCCUUUGAAAGCCCCAGGUCCGGAUGGAAUGCCUCCUCUUUUCUUUCAACAUUUGGCCAAAUAUUGGAAGGGAUGUGUCUGA